AUGGAACAAGCUCAUGUUUCGCUUCAUUCACAUGCUUCAUCUAUUCCAGUGCUCAAUGGACUGAAUUUCUCGGAAUGGUGUGAACAAAUUCAGUUUCACUUAGGUGUUCUGGAUAUGGAUUCGGCACUCCAAACCGAGAAACCUGCUGCUCUAACUAAUGAAAGCACUGAUGAAGAAAAGGUUUUCCAUAAGGCUUGGGAAAAGUCAAAUAGACUGAGCAUUAUGCUGAUGCGAAUGACUAUAGCAAACAACAUAAUGACUACACUUCCGAAAGCUGAAAUUGCUAAGGAAUUCUUGAAAAACAUUGAGGAUCGUUUCAAGAGUGCUGACAAGUCUCUUGCAGGGACAUUAAUGGCUGAACUUACCACCAAGAAAUUUGAUGGUAGGAGAAGCAUGCAUGAGCAUGUUCUUGAAAUGACAUCCUUUGUUCCUUGUAGAUACCUCAUCACCUUCUUUGCAGCUUUCCAAUGA